GAAUUGGUCUAUUUAGAAAUAAACAGUAUAGUGCCAAGCUAAAGAACAGAACGCAGCAGACGGACGUUUCACGCAUCGCUUCGCCAAGCGGCCAAGUCAGAGACGGACGCUUCACGCAUCCCAUCGCCAAUCGCAGCAGACCGCUCGCACCGCCGAUUCGCCGGACGCCCUCUCCUCGGCUCCGCCGCUAUCCCUGCGUAGCUACGUUCCUGCUCUUCCUGCUUGACUGCUGACCUGCUUCUCCAGUUCUCUCGAGAACUCAAAGUCUCCACACAGUCAAGCUGCCAACUGCCAAGGGGUACGCACAUACAUAUAAAAUGUUGGGUAAAGGUAGGAAAGUUGCUGGCAAGGGGGAGACUGUGGGUGCACACUAUGCUUUUGGCCAACAUGAAGAUGACUUGAUCAUAAAACACAGACUUCUGACCCGCACUACAACCACAAGGGGCGAACCUCCACUAAAGAAACUUCAAAAGAAGUUUACUGCUUUUGCAUUAGAGGUACAGAAGGAAGCCGAUAACUUGGCUGACUGUGAAAGACUUGCCAAGAGUUUCUUGCAGGAACUAAACACUUUUGAGAUUCCGCUCCUGAAAAGCAAAACUGUCAUCGAAGCAAAUGUUAGAGAGAAGGAGAAUUUCAAUGACUUGAAUGAUGAAAUUAAAAGGCAAAUUAUACAGACCCAAACUGACAUAGAAGAUUUGAAGAAACAACUGGAAGAGAGCAAGAUAGAGAGGAAGCACAAGGAGGAGUGUGAGGCAAUUAGGAAGUUGAUUGCAAUGCAGCCAGCCAGAUCAGUGACCCAAAAUGUUAUCACGGAACUAGAGAAGGAAAUUUUAGCAUUAGAGGCAGAAAACACUGCUAGUUCGAGAACGUUGGAGCUGCGCAAAAAGCAAUUCACUCUUUUGCUACAUGUGGUUGACGAGCUUCAAAACACAAUAGAUGAAGAACAAAAGAGUUUGGUUGAGGAGAUGAGGACAGCAAUGGAUGACCAUAAGAAUGGGGUUGUGGAGGAUGAUACUGGUGCACUUCCUGAAGCAAUGGCUGUAGAUUAGCAAAACAAUGCACCUUUGGCUUAUUUGGGCUGUACUUCUUUUAUUCUUAAUCACCUGAUGCUGAAUGCCAAACUGGAAAAUCAAAUCCUUUUAGGGUCUGUGUUGAUAUGCAAGCAUUCAUUCUAGGAUGGAUAUUCUUCCCCAUUUUCUUCAAUUUUUCUUUUCCCGGAAAACAGAUGAUUUCUUUUUUAGUCGCUGCAUGAUAUUUGUGGAGCAGCUAAUAGAGCUGUUAAAAAAUGUCAUUUUGUAUGAGGUGUAACUGAUAACUGUUAUGUACUGUUUGAUUUCUUUAUAAAAUAGAUUAACAGCCACAUUUUGCAUUUGAAAAGAGUACUUGGGUCUUGGGC